AGAGAGAGAGCCACGCCUCCGUUAAAAGGCCAUUCUUCUGACCCAUUUAGUUUAGCUAACAUCAUCUUUCGCCAUGAGGACAAAUUUUCGGUUAGGAUUUUGGGAACAACAAUGAAAGAGCGGAGAGAAGGGACUGGGUAGUAGUAAAGAAUCUUUGGCUGAGGAGGGGAGGCCUUGCACCUGUCUUUCUAUGACAUAUCUAGCGCAGUAGCUGAAUCACACAAGCGGGGGGAGACAGUCGCGCGUGUUUCGUAUACCACAGUGGUAGCUAGUUAGCUACAUGCAACCAUGACUUCUGCAUAUAGUCUUGAAUACCAUCCGGAUAUGAAAGCCGAUAGUCGAUUGCUGGGUUCUUGUGAUACCAUCAACAGCACUGGCAACAACAUGAAUGGGUCUUUAGAGCAUUUGGACCAGCCCGAUCCAGACACAAUCAAGAUGUUUGUUGGGCAGAUCCCGCGGUCCUGGACAGAAACAGAGCUGAAGGAAUUGUUUGAGCCUUUUGGUGCCAUUCACCAAAUUAACAUUCUUCGCGAUCGCACUCAGAACCCGCCCCAGAGCAAAGGUUGCUGCUUUGUUACAUUUUAUACUAGAAAGGCAGCUCUGGAGGCCCAGAAUGCAUUGCAUAACAUAAAAACCUUAGCUGGGAUGCAUCAUCCCAUUCAGAUGAAGCCUGCAGACACCGACAAAACAAAUGCAGCUGUGGAGGACCGCAAACUCUUCAUCGGCAUGGUGGCCAAAAAGUAUGGCGAGAAUGAGGUGCGGAUGAUGUUCUCCCCAUUCGGACAGAUCGAAGAAUGUCGGAUUUUGCGUGGACCUGAUGGUACAAGCCGAGGCUGUGCAUUUGUUACGUUUUCUACCAGGGCAAUGGCACAGAAUGCAAUCAAAACCAUGCAUCACUCUCAGACUAUGGAGGGCUGCUCCUCUCCCAUGGUGGUGAAAUUCGCAGACACCCAAAAGGACAAGGAGCAGCGGCGCCUGCAGCAGCAGCUGCAGCAGAUGCAGCAGCUCAACAGCACCUCCUCCUGGGGGAACCUCUCAGGCCUGGGCGGCCUCACUCCACAAUACCUUGCAUUGCUCCAGCAGGCAGCAGCCUCCUCCAGUAGCCUUGGUUCGUUCAGUGGCGUGCAGCAGCUUGGUGGUAUGAGUGCCAUGCAGCUGCAGAACCUUGCCACGAUAGCUGCAGCAGCUGCCGCUGCUCAGACGUCCAACCCCUCCAGCGCAAUGUCGUCCUCCACCAACGGAGGUGGCCUUGGGAGUCUGGCUAGCCAAGGUGCCGCAGGCAACUCUAGUGCUAUGAGCUCUCUGGCUUCUUUGGGAGCCCUUCAGGGCCUUACAGGGGCAUCCGUUGGGCUCGGCAGCCUAAACGCCCUCCAGGGAAAUGUCAACAGUAUGGCUGCCCUUAAUGGUGGACUGGGCAGCACAAGUCUAAACAACGGGUCAGCAGGUACAAUGGAUGCCCUUACCCAGGCGUACUCAGGGAUGCAGCAGUACACUGCCUCUGCCCUGCCUUCUCUCUACAACCAGUCUCUGCUGCAGCAGGGUGCUGCAGGAAGCCAGAAGGAAGGGCCUGAAGGGGCCAACCUUUUCAUCUACCACCUGCCACAGGAGUUUGGGGACCAGGACGUCCUACAGAUGUUUAUGCCUUUUGGAAAUGUGGUAUCUGCCAAAGUCUUCAUCGACAAACAGACCAAUCUAAGCAAGUGCUUUGGAUUUGUCAGCUAUGACAACCCAGUAUCAGCGCAGGCAGCCAUCCAGUCCAUGAACGGCUUCCAGAUCGGCAUGAAGAGGCUGAAGGUGCAGCUGAAACGAUCCAAGAAUGACAGCAAGCCCUACUGAUGUCAGCUGGGGUUCUCAACCCCUUGCUGUCAAGUUAGCACUGCAAGGAAGAAACCUCCAUCCCUGUUUGCUCAUCUUUGUUGUAGCAUGUCUCCAUGACUCUCAGAUCCAACCAAAAACAAACCUUUGGCCUCGCUACCACAUCAUUGUCUGAAGGCUUUCUUAAGUUUAGUCAUUGCCUGACUUCCAUCUGUGUUCAGAUGUUAUGUGAAAUUUUUUUUUUUUUUUUUUUUUUUUUUUUCCUUCAUUUUUGUUUUGGUUUUCUUUUUUGGUUUGGUUUUGCAUGUAACUUAAUUUCACAUCAAGCUGGUCUGAAGUCUAACCUGUGUUUGUACAAGACUGGAUUUUUGUAAACAGAUUUAACAACAAAAAAAAUCUGUGGGGAUACUUUUUUUCUUUCUUUUAAUCCCAGAUCUUAGUAAACUUGAACGUUCAAUACAGGGAUUUGCACACAACCAUCUAAUGCCACUAGCAAUACUGUUCAUUGACUUAAGAAAAACACUGAGCAGUUUUAAGAGAGGAGAAGGUUAGUAUCUGAAUUUGCCAUACUUUGACCAAGGCCAUUGCUAUUGCCUCUUCAGAAGGAAAAGAGCAUGCUUAGGUUUACUGGGAUUUUUUUCUCAUGGAAGCACAGAACAUUUUUUUAAAGUAAAAAAUACACCCAUUUUGGGAACGUGCUACCUACAAUAGUCUUUUUUCUAGAACUGAUUCACAACUAGACAAUCUGUGGUUUAAUGCACACUAGAAUACCUAUAUUUUUACUGUUGAGAUGUAAAAUAAAGGAGAAUAUUAGGAUAAAUACUAACUGCCCCGAUAACAAAGGUGUCUGUGGAUUUAAAAAAAUUGACUUAAUUUGUAUGUGAUGUUCCAAUGUGUUGUGUUUUACAGAAAGGUUUUUUUUUUUUUUUUUUUUUUUUUAGAGAAUGACAGGCUUUCUAACAAUACUGCUAUUGCUGUUGUGAACUUUUUUAUUUUUAGUUGUCUUUAAAUCUAGUGCUUUGUUUCGAUUUCCUCUUACUGUGUAAAUCUCUGUACCAAAGUGUGAGAUUUAUAUAGAAAAUGGUUUGCCAACAAUUCAAGUGCAUUUCUUUUAUAUGGUCUAACAUGGAUGUUUUAAUUUUCUGUGUGUUAAUGAACAGUUUAUGUUUGCGAGAUAAAGUUUGGAAAUAGCAGUAAGCAUGUCAUUUGAAUGGGAUGGACAUGCUUAAACCUCCCUUGUUAAAUGUGCAACCAUCUACAUACAGAUGUGAAGUCUCUUGUUUUUCCUCAUAGUCUACAUAGAUUUCCACUGAAGCAUGCUCACAUGUAAACAGUUUUUCUAAGACGGUUCAUCUGUAUUCUACAGCUCUAUAACCAUGAGAACACAUGAGAUGUUGUUCAGGCACAGAGGUACGCGUUUUCUAGUUCUACGGAAGUGUACAGACGGAGCACAUUAGGUAUUAGCCACCCUGGUUGAAAUGUCACAGGAUAUAUGAGGCGUCUCAGUUUUUCGGUGUCAUAGUUAACUUUUAGGAUGUUGCACAUACUUUAUUGGUUGCCAGAAAUUAAUGUUUACAUACACGCACAGGAGCACCACACCUUUUUCUCAGAUGAUUUUCUUUGCAAAACAGCUGUAGGCCUUAAUUAGCUUAUUGUUUCUCUUUGCUAUAAAACAAAGCCCAUAGCCUGUGUUAUGAGGAAAAAUGCUAUAAACCUCCAGAACAGAUAUUUUACCAAAGCAUUCCAUUUGAUCUAAAAAAAAAAAAGCUUAGUUUACAUAGCACAGCCAUCCCUACCCUUGUAGUACCCCCAGUGGUCUGCAUUCUAUCAGGAUAUGUCUAUGAUAGUUGUGGCACUAUUACAUUCACUCAGGGUCUAUUGUGUCUGGGGAAACUCAUUUCUGUUUAGAAAACAAGUAAAUUUAUCAUGGACCUUCUGCGAUAUCUCUCUUUGGGACCACAGAAUCAGACACAAGAUGAAAUGAAAACUGUUGCUCUCAAAUCAUAACUUGGUUUUAUUUUAAAAAAAAAAAAAAAAAAAAGGUUUUUCUUCUUCAGUCGUUUGACCUUAAAAAUUAAAAAAGGGGGUAUGAUCACCAAUAAAGAAUCACAAUUUUGUCCCAGCACAAGGUAGGGGGUAUGUGCACUAUCAGACAUGUGCAUAUAGAGUGAAAUGUGUUCUCAACCACAAAUGCAUGACAUUUUUCCUGUGUUUGAAAUAAAUGGUGUGUGCAUUCAGUACUUAGUUAUUGGUUUAUAUAUAUAUAUAUAUAUGGUGCACAUGUCAAGUUUAAAAUACAAAAAAAAAAAAGUAAGUGCCAUAAUAUCUGGAGUAACUGCCUAGAAGGUAUUGGUAGUAGUAGGGACUUGAGCUGAAUCCUUAUGGAGAAAGGGGCACCUUUUUUUAUUAUUUUAUCUGUGAACCAUCACUUUUCAGUGUGUCUUGUGGAUGUUCUUUCAAAUGAUAAACAAAUAAUGAAAGUGAGGUGAAACACCAAUCUGGCCUCCAUCAAUAAAACUUGGUUCAAUGCAAUGUGUCUGUUUCAAAUGAUAGAUCUGAUUGGGAUUAAACAUCAUAUUGAAUAGAGCAGUGAAACUGACCCAUGUGUCUGACCUUUUAAUCUCUAAAUAUCUGAUUUUAAGAACCAUUAGUGUCGUAUACCAUACUAGGUAUUGUAUAAUGUUAUAAUUUUGCCACAAAAACUUAGAAGUUGUCAAUCAGUUGAGUGAGUGAUUGCCAUGUGACCCAUCCCUUUGUUUAAGCUAUGUCAUAAAUGAAGAUAAAAGCACAAUAUUGAAACGGGUCAUGAAAUUAAGUGGCAAUGGUGACUUUCUCAUCCCCUACACUCGACUUGUAUGGUUUGUUUAUGUGUCCUUUUCUGGUGCUCUGAAGUGCUUUCAAAUCAAAUUUGUAGUUGCUUUGCCUCUUUUGGAUAUUGUGGAAUAAAUGUCCUUUCUUUUCUUUCUCCUUUGUAACAUUUAAGCUUGUAUGUAAUCUGAUAGUUUUAUUAUCCUUCAAAGAUUUUGAUAGAUACAUGUGUUUUGAGAAAAGCCAAAGGAAUUGCAUUUUGGUGUUUUUGCCUGCAUAACAAAUGACCUUGGAUAUAAGGCUUUCCUCUUUAUACAGCUGGUUGUACUAACACAUUUUGUACCGGUGGAUCGUUUUUAUAUUGGAAAUUAAAGGAAAAAUUCUAUAUUGGAAAAAAAUGUCUGGCCUCUUCCUGCGGCCUUGUCUUUACUGGUCCCCGGGUUUGGCAUAUAUGUGGUACAAGGACAGUUUGAUUCUGAAUUUGAGUUACACAACCUUGAUUUUCACAUACUGCUUAUGCAUCACCUCAGUGUUGAUUCAUGUCUGUUAAUUGAGCACAAUACUGUGUCUCUUUUUGCUUGUGCCACUUCACCUCAAAAGCGGUAAGUGUCAUUUGUUUCUGUGAAGUCUGUACAGCUGAAGCUUUAGGCAAUUAUAGACGUCACUAUAUAAUGUGUUAAGUAAAUUAUUUGUAGUUUUAGGUUUUUUACUGUUUUGUCACAAUGUGUGUAGUUUGGACAGUAUAGAUUUCUUUUGGUAGAUGUUUGUUCUUGUGUGGUGUUCUCUGCCCUUGUCUCCAAUAUUAAACCAUUUCCCCAAAUUU